AUGAUCAGCAGUCUUGGGCAUGAAGUCAUGACCACUCCAGACCAUCACAGUGAUACCAAUGCCGAACCACUUGUUUUAGGAACAUUCAUGAAAAAUACAUUGUUAGCCUUUGGCCCUAGCAAGGUAGAGAGUGAAUGUGCUUUCAGCAGAUGUAAAACAGGCAUCCUCAUCACUCUUUGUUAUCUCAACUUGUUUCAGCAUUUUCUCCCCCCCUCAAAAAAAAAAAGAAACUUGGAAGUGCUACAAAGAACCAGUAAUCCUUUUGUGUCACACUCAUAUUACUGGCUACCAAAAAUUAAUUGCAGCAUCAUUUUGUCUUUUGAUUCUUUCCACCCUGACAUCAGUAUGCAUAUUCUCCAUACAGUUCCUUACACAUUCCCUGAUGAGGUGCAGAUGAGGAUAAUUUGUUUCAUAAUUCAGAGCUUCUCUAGUUGCUAACCAUUUCCUUUAUUCUCAUAACCUGCAUGUUUGAUUCAGGGGUGAUAUUGUAAGGAUAAAUUAGAUGCUAGUCACUUUUAGGGGUUGAAGGGUUAUAUACUCUUAGAGACUCGAAAUAUUCCACAAGCAGUCUUCAUGGUGGCUAUCUCAGCUUAGCAAUGAUAGUACUGUAAACUUAGGUGAAAAGAAAUAUAAAAUGAAUCCAAUUCCACCCAAAUUCCAUUCAAUUUGCCAGCAAUUAUGCUUUGCAAAAUGUAGAAAUUUUGUUUAUGUCAAAUCUCCCCAUUGAAGAAGUAUUUUUUGUAGAUAUUUAUGAGCCAACCAAAGUGAAAGAGAUGAUUCGGAUACAAAAUCUGCAAAGAACGACUCCUGCCAGCUCCUUGGUGUGUAGAAUUCAGUUUUGAUCUGAAUGAGAUUUUUACCAGG